AUGGACAGCUUCCGCAAGAUCGACAUUGACCAGUACGACGAGGAUGCUAUCACAAAUGAGGAGCUGGUAGAGCCAUAUCCCAGAUCGGCGGCGGAUGCGCUAGCGGAUGCCAAGGCAAAGUCGACCGAGGUCAGGUCAUUGAUCGGGAGGGGCGACACAGCAGGCGCAUUGACACUGGUCCUUUCGGACUACCCCUACGGACCCAACGUCGAAGAAGCAAAGCAAGUAACCCUCCACUCGCUCCUCGAGAUCGUCAACAGCACCAAAUCCAGCGACAUCCCCGCCGCCGUCAAAUCCCUCCACACCGACCACCGCGACGCCCUCAUGAAGUAUCUCUACAAGGGUCUCGAGCUCGGCGGUGAGGGUGAAGGCAUCAACUGUGCCGUCCUCCUCGGCUGGCACGAACGGUUGACCGAAGUCGCGGGAACAGGUUGCAUCGUCCGCGUCAUGGCCGACCGCCGAAGAGUCUAG